AAUUUAAAUAAACAUCUUAAAGAUGGACAGAUUCUUGUCAAAAGGAAAACCGAUGAUCGUCCAUUUCAAUCGUUUGAGCCCCUACCAAGGCGAAAUAGAAGAUCGUGCUGGGACCGUGAGAACUUGCAGCUUUGAUCCCCCUGAUUCGGAGAUGUCCUUUGACGACUUCAUGGCCCGUUACAACAUCAGUGAGAAGGCUCGCUGUGGUGUGACCAAAGAAGAACAACGGAACCUCUUUUCCGUGCCUCCUGAUAAUUCGCUCGCUAACUGUGUGGCCCGAGAUUUACGAAUAUCCAGGGGAAUAGCUGCGACGUUCAAUGAAAAGUUUGUACGUCCCGUCGACAGGAUCCAGAGGUUGGAACCGUCUUGAGGCUAACCGACAAUGCGCAUGGUCAAGCAAGACACAUCUUCUAUCUGGUCGCCGAGUAAGCCGACUUAUCUCAAUCUAUGGAAGACCCUGAUUGAACUGAAACAACAAUAUUACAC